GCCAUCCGCAACCAUUUUAAUAUUCGGGCAGAGAUAACGUUACAUGCAACUUUACAUCCAGAUACGGGCAUUAGACAUGCGAACUUUGAACCGCGUACAGACCUGGGGGAGUGGCGCACUUCCGGGUUCGUCCUCGGCUUGAAGAUUCGCCGCCUGUUGUGAGCUGUUGUCACCUGAAGAACACCAAGUCCCUCUGUGUCGUCUUAGCAGCACCUGGCGUCUUCAAACAUGGACCAGCGAGCGUAUGGAGGCGACUCAGAGUUCCCACCUCUGGAGGCAGGGAAGCUGCGUAUCUAUGGAAACCGCUUCUGCCCAUUCACAGAGAGGGUCCGGCUAGUACUGGCUGCAAAGGGUGUGGAGUAUGAACAAGUGAAUAUCAGACUCCGAGACAAGCCCAAAUGGUACCUAGAGAAAUUCCCUGCUGGCAGGACCCCUGGGCUGGAGCAAGAUGACCGCUUGCUUUGGGAGUCGAUGGUGGUCUGUGAAUACCUGGACCAGAUGUUCACCCAGAAUGUCCUGUUCCCAAAGGAUCCGUAUGACAGGGCCAGGAUCAAGCUGCUUGUCAGUGCCUUCGAUCCAGUGGUUCCGCUUGGUGCAUACCCAGCAUAUUGUAAGUCCACAGCAACAGACAAGGAGGCAGAGGCAGCACUACUGAUGGGGCUGGAGCCACUGGAGGCUGAGCUCACCCAGCUCAGCACACCUUUCUUUGGAGGCAACAAACCCAGAAUACUGGACUUCCUGGUCUGGCCAUGGUUUGAGCGUUUUCCAGCCUUCCAUGAACUGAGUGGAUUCCAGCUGAGUGAGCAGAGAUUUCCCAACCUCAACAGGUGGAUGGAGAGAAUGUAUGGCCAGAUGGCGGUGCAGGUGUGCAUGCACGCCACCCCGCUGCACGUCCAGGCAGUGCAGCUCUACAAGGACAACAAGUCCUUCCAUGAUGUAGGGCUGGACUGAUGAUGAUUCAGGAUGGCUACAUUCCUUGCAAAAUGCAACAGCAAGUAAAUAUUAAGGAUGACAUCCUCUGCAGACUUCAAAUCUAAUGUGACAGUGUAAACAAAAACAAGAUGAUUAACGUUACAAAUAUUCAAGAUGUCUAAGCUUUUGAGAUAAAUGAGAGACCAUAAAUGUUAAAAACAACAAUUGAAGUGAGAACACAUGAUAUCACAGCCAUCAAGUCUUCCUGCAUUAAAAAAGUGCACAAAGUGACACUUGUGUGGUAUAACUAUAAGUCUAGUUUCACUCAUGGCUACAUCACUAGUGUUGCUUCUGCAACUACAUGCAUGGGUACCUCGCUAAUGUCACUUCACAAAUUUUCCUAUUUUCAGUAUUUUCUUCUCAUGUUGGCCAUCUCCAAAGAGGAGAAUUUUUUUUUUUUAAACCUGGAGAAAUUCAAGACUUAAGUGCACACUGAUGUCAUCCAUGAAAUUUAAUUGCUUAGUGAGACCUGGUCAUGGUGGUCUCUUUUAUGGACCUAAAUGGCCCUGCUGGAAUACCAUGACAUUUGUACUAUUCAAGAAUUGUUUUAUAGGUCAAAUUUAUCAUUGUACAAUUUCAGAUAUGAUUGAAACUGAGUGAGGAAGUAGUAUGGAGUGUAUUGAAUAUUUAUAUAGCAGUAUUUACUUUAAUAACUGCUUAUGUGGAGUCUGUCUAAUGAGGAAGGGUAUAGGGUCAUAUUUUGUUGUUUACAAAUUAAACAUUGUCAAGGUUUUCUAGUAUUUAACCAGGUUUGAAGUAGAAAUACUUCAUUUGAGCUCUGUUCCAACACAAGGAAUUUUCAGUAGAUCUCACAGACCUACAUCAGAUGACUGAUUCACUGUUCUGAUGUUCCGGGAGUUGGAAGUGACAUCAGGAGUGAAUCAAAAGUGGCGGGAGGACAGAAGCUACAACAGUCAUGGUUCAGUAAGGUUUGAUGAGCCUUGAUGUAAAUUUGCUCAUUGACGCCCUCUCAAAUCAGUUGAAAACCACGUAUUGCAUAUCAAUGUCUAUCGUGAAAUACAAGACCAGUAUGCUAUGCUAUGUACAUACUGAGUGAGUGAGAGCCUCGAAAAGGUUAUGGCCUUAUUUAUAUCUUGCUGUCAAAAAUCUACAAUGUGAGAAUACUGCACCCUAAAAGGCAUAACAUUAUACAUGUACCUGUGUAUGUACAUGUAUGACAGCAAAAGUUUUGUGUGAAGGACCUUGUCAUGGUCUGACAUCCCUGUGGAUGUCACUGUUUUGAAUCGUGUUUGGAAAGAUAAAAGGGAUUCAUUUAUCCACACAUUCCCAGAUAAUUGACAUUUGUUAUGAUUAUGAUUUGUUAUGAUGAACAGUGUAGUCUACAAUAUGGGUGUCUGGUUCAGGUACUCAAGAUAGGGUACACUGUACAUGUUUUUCAGUUCGCAGUGACUUAAUUUUUAAUAGGGGAAAAAUCAGUAUUUGCAGUGGGUUGAAGUAUGCAGUAGCAUUAUAGUCACAUACUUUACAGUAAUAGUAUUAAUACAAACACACUAUCACAUAGAACCAUCACAAAAACAACAGUACUCAGUACCCCUUCUGCAGGCUUCAUGUUCUACAGUCACUGCAUUUUCUGGUAGCUAGUAGUUCUAAUUGUUUCAUUUAAUUGUUUCAAGAUAUGUGAAUGUUUUACACCAAUGAUAAAAGUGCUUCAUCAUGACAUCUCACUUUGAACGGUGAUUCAUGAUCAUGGCUUUCAAAUAAAGUACUCAAGAACUUA